UCUUGUUUCGCAAUUCUUGCAGAGUAUGGCGCUUUCGGAUCACCCAAAGGGGGAAUUCAUAUCACCGAAAACGAAAAAGGAAUUCAGGGUGGAAGCCUACCCGAGUUUCAUUCCCUUCAUAGAUAGAAAAAAAUUAACUUCGCAUCCAUAUAUUUUUGCUCCUGUUUGCCACUCGGGGCAUUGGUGGUUAUGGCUAAUAAAUACAACAAAGCAGAAAUGUCAUAUACUUGACCCGCUACACAAAAAAGCUCCAAGCGAUGAGAGAAAGGACAUUAAUAAAUUCACUGGAUAUGUAUUUUCAAGAUUGAUAACAUAUGCCGGCGGGGAACCUCUACAGAAAGGGGAGAACGAGAAGAAAAUUAAAGCAUCAUAUGUUAAAAUAUCAAGCCAAAAAACAAGGAGGAGGUGGACCACUAUAGAGUGGAGUAUGCUUCCCGGAUACUAUUCAGUGAGAUGAAUAAACAGAGAGAUCGGGCAAUUAGAGAGAGUAGUGCUAUAAGGCUGUCGAAGCCAUCCUCUGUAUUAUUGAGUCCGUUUUGUCAGAUUAAUUCUGCUGAUAUAGAAACUGCGUAAUCCAACUGCUGGGUAGUUUGUAAAUUGAACAAAUGAUGUAAAUAUUUGCCAUUUAUCAACAACUUCUAUUCCAUGUAUAUUUUUUCCCAUAGUUAAACUAUCUGUGCUGGUAAACUGUC